AUGGCAGCCCCGGUCAGAGUGGCCAUAAUCGGCGCUACCGGUCGGACGGGCGCGUCCGUUACGGAUGGGUUGCUGGCAUCGGAGACGAAGUUUGAAAUCACUGCUUUCUCUCGCCAUGCUUCUAUCAACAGCGCGGCUAACGACGCGCUCAAGAGCCGCGGCGUCCGUGUCGUAGCGGCAGAUUUAAGAGGACCUAAGCAGGAUCUUGUUAAGCUGCUGACCAAUAUCGACAUCGUUAUCUCCUGUAUUGUCUGGACCGGCUUGGACGAUCAAGUACCGUUGGCCGAAGCAGCAAAAGAAGCUGGUGUGAAACGGUUCAUCCCAUGCGAUUUCAGCACGACCGCACCGAGGGGCGUCAUGUUGCUGCGCGAUAAGAAAGAAGACGUGCUUGCGGCGAUCCAGCGUCUCUACUUGCCGUACACAGUCAUUGAUGUCGGCUGGUGGACGGCGCAGGCAGUCCCGGCACUCCCGUCGGGCAGAACAGAUUCUCCUGUGACCAAUAUCUUGAACAUUGUUCCGGGUGAUGGCGCGAAACCGCUGGCCUAUACGGACGUGCUAGAUAUAGGGACCUAUGUAGCUAAAAUCAUCGUCGACCCGAGAACUCUUAAUAAGAAGGUUUAUGCCUAUACGGAAAUCCUCACACCGAAUCAAAUUACGGAGCUCAUUGAGGAACUGAGCGGGGAAAAGGCCAUAAGAAAAUACUUGAGCGCAGAGGAAAUCCACAAGGCCAUUAAGGCGGCUAACGAGAAGUUGAGAACUGACCCCGAAGAUGAAUCCGCGAAGUUGAGCCUCGCGUUGAAUCAGUACGUCGACUCUUGGGGCCUGCGGGGAGACGGCUCCCCCGAGUCAGCGGCCUAUCUCGGGUAUCUUGACUUCAAGCAGUUAUAUCCCGAUGUCCGUGGGAAAACGGCGAGAACCGUCUUCCAGGAGAUUCUAGAUGGAAAGAGGAAGGGUAUCUGAAGCGGGUGAUAGGAUGUUGAGGCUGGACUGCUAAAUCCGACCUUACCAAUAGGGACUUUUACGUUGCCUUGACAGUCCCCUGAUCAGUUGAGAUCUGGUAAUGUAGUCUCCGUAGUUAUUUGUCGGAAGUCUAAUGACAAUUUAUUACUGCAAAAUACGAUAAGAGGCCUCGUGGUCUUGUAGUUUAUAUGUUAUAAAUAUCUAUCCCGUUGAGCUUCGAUGAAAGCGAUGCAAUAUACCAAUAUGCCUAUCC